UUGGUAUGAGCGCAAGUUACUCGAUUGCUUUCCCCUCCAAGGCUCCAACGGACCACAUCUUCUAUUAAUCACCCGCGAAAACAGCAGGGAUUGCCAAAAUCUCCUGCCUUCACCCAAACUCCUCGCCCCAAUCACCGCGCUAAAAGUCCUCGAGCGGCCGCCGACGAGCCAUUUCGACUCGCCCUAUCGGCCGCCAACUUCACCGACGGUAAAAAGCGGCGGCCGCCGGUCGAGCCACGAAUAUCUCGCUGCAUUCCGCCGCUCCUGGAUGGCUGGAUCGACGGGGUUCCGGAUCCAUGUCGGGCGACCACGCCUCCGGAUACUGUGGCCUCCUUCGGGCUCCUCGCUUCCUCGGGGGUCCCCGUCCGGUAGAGCCCUUCCUGCCCAGAACCCUGUGUGCGGAAGGAUGGGGUCAGUGCGGGACGCUGUGGAGAUCAGCUCCGACGAGGAGGACCCUCGUCCCGCCCCCGUGGCAAGGAAGUUGCCUUGCGGUGAUGCUGUGGUGAAGAAGGGCGAGUCGGAUGGCGCCGGUGCUGCCACGGAUGACGACGACUGCGUGGUUCUAGACGGCGACCCUGAUGGGGCGGUGGCCGUUGUGGAACAGAAGGGGGCUGCGGGGAACGAUGGCAGCUCAGAUGAACUGCAGAUAGUUGCAGAUAAAGGCCAGGUCAUUUACGAUGACAAAACGGGCCAGAGCCGUGGAUUUGGGUAUGUUACCAUGAGUACUGUUGAGGAGGCUGAGAAGGCUGUUAGAACGUACCAUGGAUAUGUGAUAUAUGGCAGUGUCAGACCUCUGACGGUAUAUAUCACAGCUCCCCGUCAAUCUGGGUGUCCAUUCGAAAUCUUCGUGUGCAAUCUGCCGUGGCAAGUGGACGACUCGUGGUUGGAGAAGCUAUUCAGCAUGCACGGCGAAGUAGUUGAUGCUAGAGUAGUUUACUAUGAGUACAGAGGAGGGACCAGGCGUUCCAGGGGAUUUGGUUUUGUCGCAAUGGCGACAGAGGAGCAAUCCUACUGUGCGAUCAAUUCUCUCAACAAGCAGGUCAGUGUAACAAUUGGUCGGUUUCAGUGUCAGCUCAAAAAAUAUCUGGUUUUCACUUUGAAUCUCUGCUGGAGGGACAUACCCUGCGAGUGAAGGUUUCAAGGGCGAAGACGCAACAAGGCUAUUGAAGAUAUAUGUAGCAUGGUUGAUACUGCUCAAGGCCGCCUCCGAAAUGCAUGAACUGGAAACCACGGUUUAGAGAAAAUACAGGAACUAUAGUGCCAUGCCUUGUGCAAUGAUAUAGGAAAGUGAACUACGUACAUGAAUUUUCCAUAUUGUCCAUCUAGGAAGUUUUAUAAGAACUCCGUAGGUGUUUGGACAGAGAAGUGCCCAAGAGACCCGAGAAAACUUCCAUGAGAUGGAGGCCUCAUGUUUCUUCUCUGAAACUCAUUUUAAUUAGACCAUUUCAUUUCAUAGGAAAAUGUCAUAUCAAUCCUGAAGUGCGAUUUCUUCAAUUGAAAGUUGAAUGCCAUUGUUGCAAAGGUAAAAAAGAAAUUCACAGGUUUCAAA